GUUUAUUUUAGCUCUCGCUGCAGAUUCGUCAGUCCUUGCUGUCAAUCACUCGAGGGGCGGGACUAAAGUUGUGUUGUGUUGUGUUUCGUAUGCCUUUCGGUUUGACAUGAAGGAAAGCUGCUGUAUGUCUCUGUAACUCAGUGAUGUGAGGACACACUGUUUCUGCAGCUUGGGGUGCAAUAACCGCACACGCGGAUCACGGCUGCAUCUGAAUCAUGAGCCCCAAGUCGAGUGCCGGAAAAGUGAGGAACGCAGACAGCAACCCUUGUAUACAGGAGAGUGAUGGAUCCCAAAAGUGCCUGGAAGCAUAUAACUACGAUAAGAGCAUGUGCUCUGCGUACUUCAUGGAGUACAAGAACUGCAGGAAGUACUGGCAUACUGUGAUGCUACAACGAAGGCGUGAAGGUAUAAAGCCUGAUAUGCCUACAGCUAGAGAGAGGGAAGAAAUGCUAGCUUCUCUGGGAGGGAAGCCCUACUGACUUUUAAUAGCAGAACACUGACUGUGCCUCUCUGAGGUGAAGUGUGAGUGUGUGGAUGAGUGCAUCCUUCUAAUAGGAAACCUUAAAAACUUUAUUUACAUUUCAGCCUGGUGGGCAGGGGUGUGUGUGUGUGGUAUGUUAGUGUGUGGGUCUAUGUGCAUGCUUGUGUAAGGAUUUGUGUGUACAUACCUGCAUGGAGUUUGUGUGAGUGCAAGUGUUUCCAUGAUGAUUUUUUUUUUAACACAUGCUCACACAGAGAUCCUAUGUAAAUCAUUCUGCAAAUCUGGCAGAUACAAAUGUAAAUCACAGACCGUUACAUAUGAUAUGAGUAUUCACAAUGAAUAUUCACAAGUCAAAUAAAUAAUGAAAAUCAAA